ACCCGUCCAGUCUCCUCGUCCGAAGCCAACGCUACUACCGGGGGCUUGGAGCUGCAUAGCACCAACGCUCCGCGGACUGACCCCAAGAACUAGACGCGAUUAACCCAAAGAAGAGAACAGAGAUAUGUUUGAUACGAACUCCCAGGACUACUUAUCUUCUAAAGGAAUGAUUUGACUAAUUUCAUUUUCCCCCUCACUCAAGCAAGCAGCAGCCGUUGUGUUCAAUGACACCAUUGUCUCGUCCCGCAGUGCGCUGCUGUCCGUCUACUAUCCCCAGAUCUUCCUCAUCCUCACCAGCGGUAGCUACCUGUAGCCGAGAGGCGGCUUUCACCUAUGCCAUCACGGCGGCUGGCGUGGCACAUUCGGUGACAGCAGCGUGUAGUCAGGGCAACCUGAGCCAGUGUGGCUGCGACUGGGAGAAGCAGGGCUACCAUGACCAGGAGGAGGGCUGGAAGUGGGGAGGCUGCUCGGCCAACAUCAAGUACGGCGUGGAGUUCUCCAUACGCUUCGUAGAUGCCCGAGAGAUCAAGAAGAACACCCGACGUCUGAUGGACCUGCAUAAUAAUGAGGCAGGACGAAAGAUCCUGGAGGAGCAUAUGAAGCUGGAGUGUAAGUGUCAUGGCGUGUCGGGCUCCUGCACAACCAAGACCUGCUGGACCACCCUACCCAAGUUCCGGGAGAUCGGCUACGUCCUGAAAGAGCGCUAUGGUGAGGCGGUCCAAGUCGAACCGGUCCAGGCCUCGCGUCUCUGUCAACCCUCCUUCCUGCGUCUGAAGGAGUCGCGGGGGUACCAGAAACCCACGGACAAAGAUUUGGUCUACCUGGAGAGGUCUCCUAACUACUGCGAGGAGGACAUGGCGACAGGGAGCACAGGGACGCGGGGUAGGCUGUGUAACCACACGUCACCCCAUACUGACGGCUGCAAUCUGAUGUGUUGUGGUAGAGGCCACAACACCCACCAGUACACCCGCGUGUGGCAGUGCAACUGCAAGUUCCAGUGGUGCUGUUUUGUGAAGUGUAACAUGUGCAGUGAGAGGUCUGAGGUGUUCACCUGCAAAUGAUGGAUGGAUGGAUGGAGGAGGAGGGGGACGGAGAGAGCUGGGAAAGGGGACAAGGGACAGGGCAAGGCCAUAAGAGAGGAUACAAGGAAAGGAAAAAAGGAUAUUAGGACGUGGGGAAUAACUCUUCAGGAUGUACUCUACAGUGGACGUGGAAAUUGUUAGAUUCUUCAUGACUUCAUUUUGCACAUUGUACAUCCUAUUUCAUUUGAAAAACAAAGAUUAAAUGAACUAAAAUUACUUUGAUAGAAAGUACUUUGAGAAGUAGGCUGCCUUGGUGGAAGAGUGUGGUAACAUCUCACAGCAAGAACUGACAAAUCUGGUGCAGUCCAUGAGGAGGAGAUGCACUGCAGUACUUAAUGCAGCUGGUGGC